AUGUCACCUAGAGACUCGCAAGGCGACCUCAGCAACUUCCCGGCCCUUGAGCUCGAAUUCCCGCCCGUCUCCGGUGACUCGGACCCUCACCUUACACAGGCCGAGGCUGCCGCCCUCCAGAACCUCAAGCUGGAAAACACCAAUGAGGCGCUCGGGAGCAUCACGGCUGCCGGCGACCUGGCGGAUGCCUCCAACUUUGGCGACUUCCAGUUUCCCUACCAGAACUCGCUAGAAGACUCUCCCAUGGCGGGCCUGCCGUCGAGUCUGCCAUCGGCUACCUUCGAUGACAGUGCGCCGGACCUCUUCGCCCCCUCCCAGCCGCCCUCGAUAUCGUCAAUGCCGGACCGCCAGAACUCGGUGACUUCGAUCACCGUCCGGACCUCUGGUUAUGGCCACGCCGGCGGCCAGAGACAGCUCAGCGUAGACGGCGGCUCUGACGAUGGCUCGCCUGACAGCGGCAAUGGCGCCAACCUCUUAGACGAGCCCAUGUCGGACGAGUUCGGUCUGGCGACGGGGGGGCUGGCAGACGGGACCGACCUGGGCGGCAAGUCCAAAGGGGAGAGGGCCGAUACUGCGCCCGCGUGGAGCGAGCUCAAGACCAAGGCCGGAAAGGAACGCAAACGCCUGCCACUGGCCUGCAUUGCCUGCCGCCGCAAGAAGAUCCGCUGCUCGGGCGAGAAACCGGCGUGCAAGCACUGUCUUCGAUCCCGGAUUCCCUGCGUAUACAAAGUCACGGCCCGCAAGGCUGCCCCAAGGACGGACUACAUGGCCAUGCUGGACAAGCGACUGAAGCGGAUGGAAGAGCGCAUCAUCAAGAUUGUACCAAAGUCGGAGCAGGAUGGACUGCCGUCGCCAGUGACCAGAGCCGUGGUCAAGCCCGCGAUCCCGGGGACACUGGCAACCGGGGGAAAAGCGGCGGCAAAAAAGCGCGCAGCCGACGAGGCGUUCGGGCCGGACCUCGAGCACUGGGCCCGAGCCCCAUCCAAAUCGAAGCUCGACGGGCCCAAUAGGCCGUCGACAAUUCUGGUUCAGGAGGCGGAAGAGAGUAAACUCCUCCUAGAAGGCGGCGAUGCGCUCCCGUCAAAGGAAAUACAAGAGCAUCUCUCCGAGGUGUUUUUCGAAAACAUUUACGGCCAGGCGUACCACAUCCUCCACAAACCUAGUUUUAUGAGGAAGCUCAGGGCCGGCGCACUCCCUCCAGUCUUGGUUCUCUCCGUCUGCGCAAUUGCAGCACGCUUCUCCAAUCAUCCGAAACUCAACACAAAUCCGAACUUCCUUCGCGGGGAAGAGUGGGCCUCGGCCGCUCGCGAUAUUCUGACCAAGAGAUACGAGUGGCCAAACAUCACCAUAUUAACGUGCCUGCUGAUAUUAGGUCUGCACGAAUUCGGUACAUGUCAUGGCGGCCGGAGUUGGUCGUUGGGCGGGCAGGCUAUUCGCAUGGCGUUCGCGCUCCAACUCCACAAGGACCUGGAGCACGAUCCUCUGCGGCUGGCGGGCAAGACGCAGCUCAGCUUCAUCGAUCGCGAGAUUCGGAGGCGGACCAUGUGGGCUUGUUUCCUGAUGGACCGCUUCAACUCGUCAGGCACCGACCGGCCCACCUUCAUCAGAGAGGAGACGCUAAAAAUCCCGCUGCCUAUAAAGGAGAAGAACUUUCAAUACGACAUGCCCGGCCCCACCGAAACCCUGGGCGGUGAGGUUCUCGAGCCGUUCGCGGACGGCCAGCAGUCCGAAGCCAAGGACAACAUGGGAGUGGCGGCCUGGAUGAUUAAAGUCAUUGCCCUGUGGGGUCGCAUCAUCGGCUACCUCAACCAAGGGGGAAAGGAACUCGAUCCUCAUCCAAUGUGGAGCCCGGAUUCGGAAUACUCGAAGCUCAUCAAACAGACGGACGACUUGGUGGCGGAUCUCCCAGAGUCUCUGGCUUACACGCCCGAGAAUCUCCACCUGCACGGAACCGACAACAUGGCGAACCAGUUUCUGUUUCUGCACAUAUCUAUCCAGCAAAACACGCUCUUUAUGAACAGGUUUGCUGUGUCAUCGCCCAGCGGCCAUUUUCAGCAAGACGUGCCCAAGGCAUUCGUAACCAAGGCCGGGGCUAAAGCAUUCGCAGCUGCCAACCGCAUUUCUGAGCUGCUCAAAGAUGCGGAAUCCCAUUUCAUCACGGCUCCUUUUACCGGCUACUGCGCCUUCUUGUCUAGCACGGUGCACAUUUUUGGGAUAUUUUCUCGCGACCCGACUAUGGAGGCAACGUCGAAGCGGAACCUGGCCACCAAUGUCAAGUUCCUGUCCAAGAUGAAGAGGUACUGGGGCAUGUUCCACUGGAUGUCGGAAAACCUGCGCGAACAAUAUCGCACCUGCGCCGACGCCGCGAGACAGGGCACUCCCGCAAACGAGAACGCGUCAUCGCCCAUAUUCCAGUACGGCGACUGGUUUGACCGGUAUCCCCACGGUGUGUCCCAGUCCGACUUUCUGGACCCUGCCACCUACAAGAAGAAGGAAAAGGGCGAAGAUGCUGUGCUGGAGCAGAAGCCCGAGUUACACACAGUAGAGGAGUUUUUUACGACGCUUUCGCCCCAAAGCUCUGAGAAUACCGGGCCGAACGGCAUCUCCCGUCCCGUCCAGCAACAGCAGCAACAGCUCAAGCGCAAGUCCAUCGCACGGAAAGCCAGCAGCACAUCUCGCGGUGGCGGCGACCACGGAUUAGAGCCGCUGCAGACAGAAUUCGGCCAUCGCCAUCCCGGUGCGACAGCCGAGCAGCUUCACGCCGCCCGGCUGCAUCAGCGGUCCUUCUCCGCCGCCGCGAACGGCUCGCUAGGCGGCCAGACAAGCGGCCCCGGCUCCUUCAACCCCCUGACGAUCCCGCAUUCGGCCAAUGCCGCCUACCACGCCCUCUCUCCCAUCUCGCCCGUUGCCGUCUCACACAUGUCGCACCACCACCACCCAUCCUCAUUCUUUCCGCCUGACCCUUUCGGGCUUCCCCUCUCGGCUGCUCAUGGCAUGACUCAGCUGGACCGCCAGCUGGUUUUUGGUGCCUAUGGAAAUGGUGUCGACCCUGGUCUGAGCUCUCUGGCUGGGUGGCCACAAGAUAACGGAGAGAGCAGCCGGGACAACGAUCGUGGUUCUAGACACGGCCACAACCAUGGACAUGGACACGGACACGGACACGGACAUGGCCACGGACAUGGCCACGGCAAUAGCGUCCAAUCAGACGCUUCACUUCACGCGGCAUUUGCCAACGAGCCAAGCUCGGCGUGGUUCAUGCCCUUCAACAUGGAGCCGCCAGAAAUCGGCGGCGACCUCGGAGUCGGCGGGGUUGGCAGCCUAGACGGCUUUGCCAGCAUGUUUGGUAAUAGCGGAAUGCAUCACGGUGGCGGUGGGCAUUGA